AUGCCUCAGGUAUUCGUCAUAGAACAGCUACACGAAAUCACCAAAGGACGUACCCAAUCAUCUGCUGCAAGGACAUAUCAAAGUCGUAUCAGUACGUGGAACGCUACGCACCUAUUUGCCUUGCGUGUCCGCAGUUUGGACAACUUUUCGAUGUCACCACCGUCGCGCUCGAAAUCAUUCCACGGCGCGCUAGAUGGAAGUGUGCACCCUCGAGGAAUGUAUGUCGUUGCUGGGCCCAUCCUCUCCGCCGCCCAUCGCUCCUCUUCUCAUCAGCCACCAUCUGCAUUGUCCAGACUACUCUCCUCGUCUCGUCUCAUCUUACUUGUCUUCAAACUAAGGCUUCUCGUAUCCUUCGUCUUCGAUACCGACGCCGUCGAACGCGACAACACCUGCAUCCCCUUCCCGUCCGAAGUCCACUUCGUAAUGGCGCCUAUCAUCACCGUUCGCCUUGCUCGCGGCCUGUGGAUGCAUCCAACGAAUUUGGGGAUCGCUCUCCGCGCGAUGGGAGAGUGCGCCGACUGGGCGUAG